UCCCAAAAACCUCCUUCGCCUACAUACGCUCAGACAACAUUUAAACAAGAAAAAAAAAAAGAAAAGGAAUCAGCGAAAGAUAAUGGCGAGACUCCAAAGCUACGAGGAGUUCGUCAAGGCCCACGGUCUGCUACUGGCGGCGUCGGGCUUGCCGCAGCAGCUGCAUCGGAGGCUGUUCCAGAAGCUUACGUCAGAGACCUUUGAUGCCGGUGCUCACUUCCAGAUCGAGCCUUGCGAGGAUGGACGUCAGAGGCGCCUCCUCCUAACCUCGGCCUCCGUGCCCAUGCAUUCUGAUGUCUUCCUCAUCGACCACGCUUGGACUUUCCGCCUUCCCGAUGCCUACAAGCAGCUGCUUGAGGUUCCGGGGUUGGCUCAAAGGAUGGCUUCAGUAAUGUGUGUGGGCACUGACUUGAGCUCAGGACUUGAAAAUGGAGUUUCGCAGCAAGAUAAUGAUAAUUUGAGUGUUGAUGAGAUAUUGGCAAAUGAGAUAAACUAUUCCAAGGAGAGAGGCAAGGACAGUACUAGCUGGCUAGAGCUUGAGGAGCUUGGCAUUGAUGAUGAUAUGCUACUAUCUCUUGAUCUGUCUAGUAAAUUUCCAGGUUUAAUAGCACUUAGCCUCUAUGGAAACAAGCUCAAGAAUGUGGAAGUAAUUAUUCAGGAGGUCACUAAAUUUAAGAACCUAAGAGCUCUCUGGCUGAAUAACAAUCCAGUUCUUAAUAAGUGUGAUGGUCGUAUGACUGAUGCAAUUCUCCACGGAUGUCCAAAGCUGGAAAUCUUCAACUCACAUUUCACUCGGAGUUUUGGUGUCUGGGCGUUGGGAUUUUGUGGAAAUGUAUUUGGGAAGGAUAAUCCAGGCUGCGAUAAUCAGGACCGGCCCCUUCAUACUGUGACAUCGCUUGAACUUUCAAAUAGAAGCAUUCACAAUCUGGUCAAUAAGGCAUUUUCUCCAGUUGAAUUGCCGUUUCUUUCACAUUUGAACAUCCGGGAAAAUCCAUUGGAAGAGAACUCAGUAGCUGAAUUAUUCCAAAUCUUGAAGGGAUUGCCUUCCUUGUGCUCGUUGGAGGUGGAUAUACCUGGUCCCCUUGGAGAAAGCGCCGUACAAAUUCUUGAAUCUCUUCCAAAACUUUCUUUAUUGAAUGGUGUUAAUGCAUCUAAAAUCUUAGAAAUGGAGAAGCAUGUAGUUGAUUCAAUGCUUGAGCUCCGUCUUCCUGAAUGGACUCCUGAGGAACCUCUUGCUGAUCGUAUUCUGAAUGCUAUGUGGUUAUAUGUAAUGACAUAUAGACUUGCAGAUGAAGAAAAGAUUGAUGAAACCUCUGUCUGGUAUGUAAUGGACGAGCUAGGGUCAGCUUUACGGCACAGUGAUGAGCCAAAUUUCAGAGUUGCUCCUUUCCUCUUCAUGCCAGAGGGAAAACUUGAUUCUGCUGUGAGCUAUUCCAUAUUAUGGCCAACGCAGAAUGUUCAAGAAGGUGACGAGUGCACUCGCGAUUUCCUGUCUGGUAUUGGAGAGGAAAAACAACGAUCUGCCAGACUUACAGCCUGGUUCCAGACACCUCAAAAUUAUUUUAUUCAAGAGUUCAAGAAACACCAUCAGAAAUUGCAAUCGAGGCAUAUAAAAUCUCUGCCCCAGACGCCGUCUACUACGGUAACUGCAUAUCAUAGUGAUGGGCCCCCCCUACGCGUUUAUACUGAUAUACCUCAAGUCGAAGAAUUUUUGACAAGACCUGAAUUUGUUAUCACAACUGAGCCGAUGGAUGCGGAUAUUAUAUGGACAAGUAUACAGGUAGAUGAAGAGAUGAGAAAAGCUACUGGAAUAACAGAUCAGCAGUACACUAAUCAGUUUCCCUUUGAGGCUUGCCUUGUCAUGAAACAUCAUUUGGCGGAGACCAUUCAGAAGGCACAGGGAUCUCCAGAAUGGUUGCAGCCUACUUAUAAUCUUGAAACACAUCUAUCUCAACUUAUUGGUGACUAUUAUAUACGAGAACAAGAUCGAUUGAACAAUCUAUGGAUCUUAAAACCUUGGAACAUGGCACGGACUAUUGAUACAACUGUUACCGACAAUUUAUCUGCUAUUAUACGUCUGAUGGAAACUGGACCUAAAAUAUGUCAGAAGUAUAUUGAGCACCCUUCCUUGUUCAAAGGAAACAAGUUUGAUCUCCGUUACAUUGUACUGGUUUGCAGUAUAUGUCCUUUGGAAAUAUUUCUUUCAGAUGUUUUCUGGGUUAGAUUGGCAAACAAUCCUUAUUCAUUGGAGAAACACAGCUUUUUUGAGUAUGAGACUCACUUCACUGUUAUGAACUAUCGUGGGAGAUUGAAUAACAAGAACACGCCAGAAUUUGUGAGAGAGUUUGAAGAGGAACAUCAUGUUAAAUGGUCUGACAUUCAUCAGAGAGUAAAAAAUAUGAUCCGUUCUGUGUUUGAGUCAGCUGCAGUAGUACAUCCUGAGAUGCAUAAUCCAAAAUCUAGGGCCAUGUAUGGUGUGGAUGUGAUGCUUGACAGUUCAUUUCAGCCAAAGUUAUUGGAGGUUACCUAUUGUCCUGACUGUACAAGAGCAUGUAAAUAUGACACGGAAGCAAUAUGUGGAAAUGGUGAAGUGCUUAAAGGUCGUGAUUUUUUCAAUUAUGUGUUUGGUUGUCUCUUUUUGAAUGAAACUACUAAUGUAACGCAAUUGUAAUUCCAGUUCUACCUAAUUGUUACUUGUAUGAUUGUUGCGGUGUACCGAAUUAGAACACUAGACAUUGUUCUUAUGGUCUGUUUUCCUUUUUUUGUUGAGUCUCCCGGCCUUUGUACGCAAUGUGUCUCCAAAUCAUGUUUGGUUUUUUCAACCA